AUGUCGUGUUACUGUCCAAAUUGGAUGAACGAGGCGCCGCUGGAAGUGCCCAUCAACCUCAAUCACCAAUCGGAUUUGCUGAAGGUUCGUAAUCCGUACCGAAAUCUAUAACACGUAGUCCACGCAAUACAUUUUGUAUAGCGUCCCAUUUUGUUAAUCAUAAAAACAUUAAAAUGUUAUGAUAUCAUCGUACCCACUAUCCCUGGGUAUUGAUUGCAAUACCCCCGGUGCAGACGGGGACUACACCUACUAUUAUUAUCGUUAAACUUUUACGGUCGCUCGUAAAACGUAUAAAUAUAUUAUUAUUAUUAUUAUUAUUUUUUUUUUUUUUGUCAACGAAACGGUAUCGUUAAAACGGCUGGCACGUCCCGUCGCGCGCUUUCGCACAAUAGCAUUUCGCUAUAGGUACACGUUUUCGAAGACUGCACAAAAUCGAUUUGUUUUUUACUCUAUUGCGUUAUAUAUAUAUAUAUAUAUAAGAAAAAAAAAAAAAAAAAAACAACACAUUAUACAGACUAUGCCUAUACCACCGCGGUCUACGUUCGUAUUAGAGUCGUGAGUUUAAAAAUAAAUCUAGACGUUACGUGGACUAUUAAUGACGACUACUAAUAGUUGACAAUACUCGCGUAUAUCGGGACAAGAAGCCCCGGCUAUUUCGGGAUAGGACACGUUACUAUACCAGCCGUCACGCGGUCGUUAUUAUAACUUGCUGGCCGACAACAGUUUUUGACAUAAUAUUAUUAACUACUAGAUCAGAGUUGACACUGAAGGUUAGGUGAUUGCAUAAUUGCCCCUUUAGAUAAUUGCUUCGGAAUCAUCCGGACUCAAAUUAAGAGUGUUUUAAUUUUCAAGUGCAAUUUAUGAAAACGACACUGGAUUUGCGGCGCGAAAUCGCGUCGCAUAAGUUUGAUGGGAAAAACGUUUUCGUUUGGUCAACCGAUUUGCAUUUUACACGGACAAUAACGUUACGAGACAGUUCAAUCGUAUUAUUGGAAAGUUGGAAAGACUUUACAGACCGAGAGAGAUUUCGAUUUUUAUAACAAACCUUUUAGUGGGACUCGACAUUUAAACAGGGAUAUUUUGCUUUUAAGUUUUAUAUUAUUGUUAUUAUUAAAGACUAAAGGACUACAACGGUUUUUGUUUUUUCGUUUUGAUGUGUAUUGAAAAAAAAAAAAAUUGAUUUUUCUUUAUCCGCACAGACAAACACCAUAAAGUUUGAAUUUUUAUCCAAUAUUAUACAAGUAAUAAUGCGAUUAUUUAUUUACGAGUGUUAACCUUUUUAAUAAUUUUGUUUUUACUUUAUCAUUUCAUUAUAUUUAGGUUAUUCAAUUUAGUUUUUGCUUGGUCGUGUUUUUCUAAAGAUAUAUGUAUAAUAAAAGGAAAAACGAAUCCGUUCGGAAAAACUGAAACCUCAAUUUAUUUAUAAAUUAAUGUAUUUUUUUUUUUUGAACAUACGUGUAUUAUAUUAUAAAUUGAAUUUCACAUCGUACAAAAAUCAUCAAUACAGUUGUCAUCAAUUAAAAGUUUGCCAAGAAUUUAAAAAUAAUAGGACAAUCGAAUUAAAAAUGAACACUUGCACACUAUUGGCAAGGGCAAAGGCUAUCUCUUUUUAUUUUAAAACGAGUUUUAUAUUUGUAAAAAAAAAAAAAGGGGGGAAAAACUGUUACAUAGGUAAUGAAAUAUUUACUAAACUUACUAACUCGAGUAUACAUUUUUUUAAAUUUUACUCCGAAAUUCUACUAUAACAAUUUUAAUGCUAUAAUUUAUAUUUAGGGGCCGGAAAUCGUGCACGUUUCAAAAUUUUAUAAAGAAGGCGUUGACGGAAAGUUUCUCAGCAACGUGGCAUCUGACGCUCGUACGUUGUACGAAACGUUUCGGAAAGGCGCGAAAAUUUCAAGUCAGUAUAAUUUUGCAAUACAUAAUUAAUAUUCUUUUACGCCAAACAGAUAAUAUUUUUAAUGAUAUUGUUUCGUAUCGAUGCGAUUAACAUAAUAUAUUAUUAAUUUUCAGAUAACGGAAAGUGUCUGGGAUGGCGUGAAAACAUCAGCAAACCAUUUCAAUGGAUCCAUUACAACGAGACAUUGUUGCGAGCCCGGAAUUUCGGUUCGGGUCUAAUGGGCCUGAGUUUACCGAGAGGCGCCAAUCAGGUUUUCAUCGGGAUAUAUAGCCUUAACUGUCCCGAAUGGAUCUUAACAGAACAAGCAGCUUAUUGUUUCUCCAUGGUCCUGGUGCCACUUUACGAUACGCUGGGUUCCGAAGCGUGUGCCUUCAUCAUAAACCAAGGUUUGAUAUUCAAUAAAUAGAUAGUUUGAAUAUUAUUAAAUGCGACAAUUGGAAAUUUCGUCACAUUUACAGACGUUUUCUAUUUUAUUUAUUCAACAUUCCUACUUUCUGAUAACACAUAAUUGUCUGUUUAACAGUAAAGUUGUCCAAACACCACCUAGAUCACAUAAAUAAAAAAGAAAUAAAACAAAAGCCUUACGAUAAAACUAUGCAAAUGAUAUGCAUUUGCUUAAUACUGGUAGCUAUUAAAAUUAAAUACGGAGUUAAGGUUAAUGGAAUGGGAGGGGUGAAACAUGAUGACAUUUAUAAGGAAAUAAGAAUACAGAUGUGAAAAGUAACUGGAGAACGGGUUUAACGAUCAUUAAUUAAAUUAAAUUAUAAAAAUUAAUAAUUAAAAGUGUGUAGAGAACUCGCUCGCUUGCGUGAUCGCGUUGGCAUCCCACGUUGAUUGUUGUUUGGCUGGGUUUCUACUUUAUAAAACUGGAUAUCAAUACAAUGACCGUGUGACAAGACGUUAAUCUCUGACUGGCCUAUGCUCAAAUCUAGAGAAAAGAAUCAAGCAAGGAAAUUAUGACUUGUUGGAAAUCCAGUAAGCGAUUGCGCAGCGAAGCCAUUACGCCUAUCACAGCUCCCAACAGACAAUCCACAGCAAAAAAAAAAGCAUCGCUUGUGGUGGGUUUAAUAGAAAGAAAUAAAAUAAGAUAAUAUUGUCGUUAUCGAAUUGUCAUCGAGAGUAUUGAUCAUGAUCGUUUUUGCUCGUGGUCCAUUAUAUGAAAUGCGUGUAAUUUGCGUGUUAAUUUAGCGGAAAUAUCUGUGGUGGUCGUGGACACGGACGAAAAAUGCAACCAGCUGUUGGACAGAUCCCCGAAAUGUCUUCGACGAAUAAUAUCCAUCCGUGGCGUACGGCCGUCCACCAAUCAGAAAGCCCGGAACCGUGGCGUGGAAAUACUGACUUUCGAUGAAGUGGAAAAAGCCGGGGCAUCGAAAACAUUUUCGGAACAGGUAGAAAUAUAAUUAAUAAUAAUAAUUGGGUACACUAUACUGUGGUGGGUCGAAUAUUUUGUUUUUAAAUAAAAGUUGUGGCCUAACGUUUUGUACAAAUUAUGUUUAAACACUUAUUAUGGAAAAAAUUCCUUAGGUACGUUAUUAGUAGAGUUUAGUUCCAAAAACCUGGUAUAGUGGAAGAGAUUGGUAAAAUAAAAUUACAAUUUUAAAUUUAAUAGAAUUGUUUUAAUUAAGAGAAAAGAGGACAUUUUAUUUUGACGCAUCAUACGAAUAUCAAUUAUGCUAUUAUUAUUAUAUCAAUAUGUUUUUUGACCCAGACGCUAGUCCAAUGAGGUCCCCUCCUAUGUCUCUCCCCUUAAAUCCAUCACCAAUUGCAGUGUUCACGUACUGACAAACAUUUACACACGGUUUUACUUUCCGACGCAGCCACCGAAACCCACCGAUUUGUGUACGAUAUGCUACACUUCGGGCACCACGGGAUCACCCAAGGGAGUGAUGCUUACCCAUGGCAACGUAGUGGCGGCCGUCAGCGCCGUCCUGGUGCAGUUAUCUCAUUACAGGCCAAACGUCGGGGACGUGAUGAUCUCGUACUUGCCGUUGGCUCACAUGUUGGAAAGAUGUUGCGAAGUAGGUACUUACAUUAAAUUAAAAACAUCCGUUUUAUUAAAAACGACCGUAAAAAUAUUUAAAAAAAUAUAUCGCCCAUACGCGAUUUCGAUAAAUCAUAAAUAAAACCCGCCUUUACAUGUAUGCAUUUUGUAGAACGGUAUGUACCUGGUCGGCGGCGCGGUGGGCUUUUACUGCGGCAACAUCAAAUUCCUGUUCGAAGACAUGAGAGUGCUCAGGCCCACCAUAAUGCCAAUAGUACCGCGGUUGUUGAACAGAAUCUACGAGAAAGAGAUGGCCGCGAUAGUGCCGCGGUUUUUCAAACGCGUCAUGUACAACAUGGCGCUCCGGUCCAAAGAAAAGGAAAUUAAAAAGUUUGGUUUGUCUCAUAAUACUGCUCGUAUUGCCGUUUAACGCGUCCCAAUCAUUUCACGCGCGGCACUCGUGUUUUUAGAGGUAUCGUCCGGAAAAACAGCAUUUGGGAUCGGCUGGUUUUCAGCGCCUUACAGAACAACAUGGGAGGACAGUUGCGGCUGAUGAUAACGGGAUCCGCUCCGCUGGCCGGUAACGUUUUGACGUUCAUGAGAUGCGCGCUCGGGUGUAUAGUGAGUCGAUUAAACAAAAAAAAACAAAAAAAAAAAUAACACUCGUUGAAAUAUUGUGUGUGUGUGCGUGCGCGUGUGUUUUUUCGACGUCCGGACAGGUGGUAGAAGGGUACGGUCAAACGGAAUGUUCGGCUCCCAUCACGUUAUCGAUCCAAGGCGAUAUGAACACGGAACACGUAGGACCACCCGUCGCUUGCAACCUGGUCAAAUUGGCCGACGUGCCGGAAAUGGAAUAUUUCGUGACGUCCAAUCAAGGCGAAAUCUGCGUAAAAGGAUCGAACAUUUUCCAAGGGUAUUUCAAGGACCCCGAUGCCGUUUCGUUCGACGAACACGGCUGGCAUCACACCGGCGACAUCGGCAUGUGGCUUCCCGUGAGUGAACACAAUACACGGGUUGAUUUUUUAAGCACGCUCACCCCGUUUUCGCGGUUAAAUUAGAUGCAUUCAAAUUACGAUUUUUUGGAAUUAUCAAGUGUAGUGAAAUACGAUAUUUUCGCAUACUUCGAUUUUUUACAACAUUCUCUGAGGAGUAUUCUGCGGCGAUACUGAUUUUGGUUUUUCAAACGAGAGCUAGUCAAUCGUUUUUUGAAAAUUUUGACGUGUUGUAAUUGAAAUUUAAGCGAACGGUUUUCGAGUUAUUCUAUUUUCAAUAUUAAAAAUACCAGCAUAUAUAAUAGGAAAAAAUCGGGGUUUUUCGAUAACUGCGCAACUAAAAACAAGAAAUCGCCUGUAUACGACUCUUACGAAACAAUAGGUAUCCAAUACCCAUAAUGUUCCUUAAUAAUUUAAGUAGAAUAACUCAAAAACUUUUCGUACAAAUUCCAAUUGCAAUAACGUUGCUUUCGGAAUUCCACGUGUCUAGAUAUUUUUAUAUGUCAUAGCACACACGAUAGUAAUUUACUUUAUUAUUUAUUGAUAAAUAAAUACAUUUGAAACUUAUGCAUGAUCACAUAAUACGUUUCAGAACGGCACGCUUAAAAUUAUCGAUCGCAAGAGGCAUAUAUUUAAACUGUCCCAAGGUGAAUACAUCGUUCCUGAAAAAAUCGAAUCCAUUUAUCACAAGAGUCAAUACGUAAAUCAAGUGUUUGUCUACGGCGAGUCCUUAAAGGUAAUAAUACUCAUUAUAUACAUGGUUUAUUAUUAUUAUUAAAUUAUAGUUUUUAUAAAUUAUUAUUUCUACAGUAAUACGCUUAAAAAAUAAUAACAAUGCGACUAUACAUCAAAUACGAAUACGUAUUAUAAGGACUUAUUAUUAUAGGACUUACCAUAAUUCGUAUUUCAUAGUAAAAACAAAAAAAAAAACAAAUUUAGUGUAAUGUAGAAUUUUUUUUAUAAGAAUUUUUACAUCAAAUUUCGACAAACAUCGUAAAUAUUACGGCUUUUCAAAACAUGUAUAACAAACUCCGUUCAGAAUCGUUUUUCGUUAGGUAGCAAUGACUAAUCGUUGCGUACAUCUAUAUAUUAAACUCCCCUCUUAUCCUACCUUCCCAACUUCUCACCUACAACAGUGGCCCAAUUAUCGCGCGGAGUAGGUUCGUCUGUUUAAUCACAUAAAUAUCAUGUUGUCCGAUAAUAAAAUUAUUGUUACACGGUGGUAAAAUGGAAGAAACAAGACGGAUAAAAAACAAUUGAAGAUUAAAGAAAGUUAAGAAGUUAAGAAAAUUAAAAUAUGGUUAAUACAUUUAUAUAGUAUAUUGUAUUGAAUACAAAAUAACGCUAUAAAAUAUUCUGCGCUGGUGUCGAAUAUAAAAUAAUGAAUUUCUAAAAAAUGUUGAAUUACUCGCGAAACAUGUUUUAUUUCAUGCAAUUUAGUUACAAAAUAAAUUUGAGAUAACGUUUCGGAAACACCAGUAUGUGUUGUUCGAUUUUUAAUACACGCGUUUUUAGCUAACAAAACAUAUUUCAUUUCUAUUUCCAUAAAAACAAUUUCAUGAAACAAAUUUUCUUCGUACGCGACCAGCUUAAGUUUGCGGUUUUGUAGGUAGGAGAAGAAUAGUGGAGCACAAUUAAAACACCGCGCACUACACGAAUUCCACUUCAGAGCAUCAUUUAUGUUAAGAUUGGUUAGGAGGAGGACAACUACUGAACUCCUCUUCCAAGUGGUCCUUACGGAUUUUGCUCCAUCACUGCUUUAAUUAUUCCGUUCUGGUUUCUCUAAGUAUGUCCUGACCGCGAAGUCUUCGUUUUCUCAUAGCGCCAUUUGUACUGUGGCAUAAUGACUUAACUCUUACUAAACUUAAAAGUUGAAUAACUCGUCAACGGUUUGACGGAAAUUAAAAAUUUCAACAUCAAUAUUUUAUUUGUUCUAAAACUUUAUUUAUUUGCGGAACUAUUAAUAUAGAUUACUCUUCGAUAAUCAAAAGUGGUUAGCAGUUUCAACCCUAAAAAUAAGGAUCAUAAAAAAUAAUGGUAAUGGAACAUUUUAUAGAGUCACGUGUUUCAUGCAUAAAUAUUCUAUAAAAACAAAAUUCGAAAAAAGUUAACACUUACCGAUACCACGGUUUUAUAAACGUAAAAUGUAUGUUGACCACCUUGUACAUGACGCCUUAAUGAAUUUUCAAGAGAUAGAAACUAUUUUGACGUGCAUCUGUAAAACAAUGACAUCCGUACGAGAUAAUUAUCACACAUUAUAACAUUAAAAAAUGCGUUGGUACGUGUGUUUACUCGUUUAAUUCGUCAUAGUACAAAUGGCUAAUAUCCAACUCGGUAAAAACGUAUAGGUACCCUACCCGAACGUCAUGUCUACGCACGAAAUAAUAUUAAUGACUAUUUAAAGUGGAUAACUGUAACUACUGGCCUAUUAUUAUUAUUAUGUAUAUUGUCAGCAAUGACGUGGGAACGUUAUUUUUUUUAGGGGGAAAAACAAAAUAUUCGUCUCUGUGACGCAUAUAAAAUUACAAUAGUUAUAAUUAUAAUUAGGUAUACCUGUUGAAUAUUUUAAAAAUAUUGAAAUUCAACAUCAAAUGCGAUAAUAAGUGGCAUCCAGAACCAUCCCGUCGCACAUCUAAAUCUUCAGCUAUUUCCGGUAUCCAAUGCUCGUGCUUUCUAAUAUAAUCCUCCUUCUCGUUUUUUUUGACAUUUUCCUAGACUACGCCAUAGGACUUCAUUUUCGGUUUUACGAAUGGCCUUUUUUGUCCGUCGGAUCUCUUACCAGCACUGUACGAAUCAAUGGAUUUUAGCUUCGCCAGGCGUGACCUGUAUGAUCUGAUCUCUUACACCACAUAGUUUCUGAAACAGUGAUACUAGAUCCUGGUUCUUCCUCAUUGUCCAUUCAUCAGUGUCAGUAGGUAUAUUUCACAGCGCCAAAAUGAAUCUUCCGAAUUCUCCUUUUAAAUAUUGUUUUAGAAAAAUGUUACAAUACAAUAGGUUUUUUAACGACCGUCAAAAUGUGUUCAUAAGUUAUUAUUUAUUGUGUUAAACUAAAUGCGCGUUAAAACUUUUAGAUUAGUUUGUAAUUACCUAUAGUUUGCAACUUUUUUAUUUUAUAAAUUAAUCUAACUUAUAUACAUAUACUUAUAUUAAAACUUUCGGGUGAUUAAUACCAUUAUUUCAAGUUCAACAGCUAUGUAUAACCGCUAUCAUAUUGUUUUAUAUUUUAAUAACGACACCUGUAGGUAUCAAAACGAUUUUUCCGAAUUUUAAUUGAGUUUGUAUAACCUGUGAUCGAAAAAAAAAAAAACAAUUUUUAUUUUGGAUUUUAGAACAUACUUUGUUUUACGAUUCUAUCACCGUAACUAGGUGUUCAAUAUUAUGCGAAUACAUAUUUACAGUUUGUUGUGCGCCACCCGUUACCCAAACCUCCAAUUUCGGUAAAUAUUUUCUGUUUACGGUUUCAGUCGUGCAUCAUAGCCAUCGUGGUGCCCGCUGUGGACGUCAUCAAGUCCUGGGCACAGGAGAACGGCAUAUCCGGUACGCUGUCGGUCCUGUGCGCCAACCCCGAAGUCAAGAAGCUCAUCGUGGAUGACAUGACGGCUUGGGGCAAGGACGGCGGUCUCAAGUCGUUUGAACAGGUAUAUGUUUGUGAUUUUCGAAAACAAUAAUGGCAUACGUAGCAUUUAUUUGGUGAGUACGGGGAAAAGUGCGGUUAGCGCUCGAGAACUCGAAAUCUGAAACGUAUUGUAGUAAAUCCGGAUUUUGGAUUCUUGAUUAUUCAACAAUAAAACCGUCAUAACUCUUGAGUAAACCAAACAUAAUACUAUGUAAAUAUCGUAGCCACUUUGUGAAAAGUCGACUAUCUCAGGGUCAGGGUUUCAUACGUUGUUCUUGUAAAAAUGUUUGUCAAACUAACCGGUAUACUAUUGUUAAAAACUGUAGCAUGGAAUGCAACAGCCGUUGUUACAAUCAGUUAUAGAGGUGACAACAAAUUAUCAACUAUACGUUUAUAAUAAAUCUAUUUUCUCCCCUUUACGUAGUUUUUAUUUUUUAUAAGUCGAUAAAUAUCUAAUACAAAUGACAAUUUUCAAUAACACAGUAUAAUAAUUGAGUGCUGUUAACGUUACCGAAAAUGUGGUUGAUCGCAAAACGAAAAAAUGUACAUGAUGUCCAACUAUUUGAGUGACCAUCUAAUGAAAAACUAUACCGUGAAAUAUUUGGGUAUCACUCGAAGCAUCAAAAACCGUUUCCUUUCUAUGAAAUUUCACUCGAUUUCAAGAAUGGACCACGGCAUAUACAACUCGAUAUGUAAAAUUGAAAGACUCAAAACAAAACAAAACUUAAUGCUGUCGAUAUUAUAACUUCUACGAGAAAAUUCUGUUCGCAUUUGGUAAACAUAAAAUUACAAUCGAAUUUGAAGUAAAUUAAUUAGAUUUUUUUUUUUUUUUUUAUGGUACAAAUUUGUUGUCGUUCGAAUUUUUAGAAACAAUCUUAAACGUGUUCCGAUGUUUCUUCAAUCCGUAUUCGGCGAACCCGGGAAUCAGUGCGAUAGCUUAAUGCGGUGUACUAAACAAGAUGAUAUUGUUUUGAUCCCUCAUGUUUUUUUUUUUUUUCUAUCCAGGUGAAAGACGUCUAUCUUCACCCGGAUCCGUUUUCCGUACAAAACGGAUUGUUGACGCCCACGUUCAAAAUGAAACGUCCACAGGUCCGGUCGUACUUUGCGCCGCAGAUCGAAGACAUGUACGCCAAGCUGAAAUGA